UCUGGUGAGCCUAGUCCCUUGAACCAUCUCUUUUUGGCGGUGGGGUUCAUAAUUAAAUUGAGUUUUUCAUGUCUAUCCUUCGAACCGCUUAAAAAAUUAUUAAUGCUUUACCUUAAAUUUCUAUGAAUUAUAAUCCUUAAUUUCACUUCCAGUUUGAUGUGCAUCAUUCCUAUCAAGUUUGACACUAUCCUUCAAAAACUAAAAGCAAACAGUAUUAAACCUCUCAAAAUUUUCAGACUUAGUGGAAUUUUUAGUGGAUUUUCCAUAUGUUUAACAAAUGGUCAUAAAUUUGCAGCGAAACUAAACUUAAUUAUCUCAUCUAAUGAGAUUCUACAUAAUUAUAAAAUAAAUAGAGUGAGCCUAACUCAUUCAAAAGAGUUUCGAACAGUGUAAUAAAUAGAAGAGAUUCUACAACUUGACAAAGUACCUUAUGGAGCAUUAUAGGACCUCCACACCCCCUUUAUUCAGACACUGUAAGUCAUUGCCUCCCUCACGAGAAGCUUUGAACUAAAUUUAGUGGGAUGUGCCAGGGUUUGAAGUAGUGCAAUCCAAAAGAUCUUAGUCAAAAUGCCGAGAAAGGUAUGAGUUGAAAUACAUCAUCAUUUGCCAAUAUAAUACAUGAAGGAUAUGCAAUGUAUUUCCCAACUUGUGUAUGAUUGUCGGGCCAUGAAGAACACAGUGAGAGGGUUUCGUAGGCCUUUGAUAGAACUAAGCAAAUCAUCAUUUGCAAAGGUGAUUGUCAAGAUAUAAAUUGUGAAUGUCCUUUCUAUUGUGAUUUUGCAGUGGCCCAUAAUAUUAUGGUAAAAUACAAGCUAAUAUAGUUUAUACAACCAUAAUAUUAUUGACUGCAAAAACUACAUUGUUUAUUAGUUUGAUGGCUUACAAUGUUUCAUGUUCCAUUAUCGUGCUUGACAAAUAUUUUAAUGUGGAAAGAUGUUUCUUUAAGCGCUACCUACCAAUUCUUCUCCUUUUUUUGUUUUUGUUGAAUUGCUAGUUCAAUUCAAGUGAAAAUCAUUUUUUUAUAUAACAAUGAGAGCUGCUUGGUAUGGUAGAAAAAUCAAUAUUACUGCAGCUUUAAUUAACCAGAGUGUGAAUUAUUUAGCAGGUUUGUAUCCUUUAGUGUUGAGGGAAUGUUAAGAGUAAGAAAUUGAUAGAGGUGUCACUUGCUCUUUUUAUUCUUGUAAAGACGAGACAUAUAAUUUGCAUUGCUUUGUUUGAGACAAAAAAAGAUUUAAUUUCGAAGCAUCCUGAAAAGUUCUGAAUUGUAUCUGCUGAUUUCAAUAACAAAAAGCCAACAUACAGAUCCCUUUUGAUUAGCAUUGAAGGUGUAACAGGAAUCACAAUGGUUACUUUGAUGGUUAUAUCAUUUACUCUUGCAACUAGCCAGUUUCGACGAAAUGCAGUAAAUCUUCCUUCACCAAUCAACAGAUUGACAGGAUUUAAUGCAUUCUGGUACUCGCACCAUCUUCUCGGUAUUGUUUACAUUCUUCUGUUCAUUCAUGGAUCUUUCUUGAAUUUGACACAUAAGUGGUACCAGAAAACGGUAAGAACUUCGACCACAAUCUUCGUGGGUAUGGAAGAAUAGUGAGCGAUGAUGAAUGUACAAUAACAUAUUUUUUACUUUUGAUGUUAGACAUGGAUGUAUAUCUCUGUUCCGUUGUUGCUGUACAUUGCAGAACGUACUCUACGAACUCGUAGAUCGCAACACUAUGCAGUAAAAGUUUUGAAGGUUUCAGUGCUACCAGGAAAUGUCUUCAGCUUAAUCAUGUCAAAGCCUAAUGGAUUCAAGUACAAAAGUGGCCAGUACAUAUUUUUACAAUGCCCGAAAAUCUCUCCAUUUGAGUGUAGGUGACUGGACACAAGAACUUAAGCUACUUUUCACCGAAGAUGGCCAAUUGGCUCCGGUAAAUUCCAGCUCAACAUUCGGAGAACUAAUAAAAAUGGAUCAAAUAGGACAGCCGAAGCUGCUUGUAGAUGGCCCUUACGAAGCUCCAGCACAAGAUUACCAAAAUUUUGAUGUAUUGCUGCUCAUAGGAUUAGGUAUUGGAGCAACACCCUUCAUUAGUAUUCUCAGAGAUCUUCUCAGUGACACGAGAACAAUUGACGAACAAACGGACUCAAACACAGAAACAACAAAAUCAGAUGAGAGUUUCAAUAGUUUCACCUCUUCAAAUGUAACGCCAGGAAGACACAAGAGAUCGCAAAGGAUUACAAAUGCUUACUUUUAUUGGGUUACCAGAGAACCUGGAUCUUUUGAAUGGUUUAAAGGAGUAAUGGACGAAGUUGCAGCAAUGGACCACAAAGGGUUGAUUGAGCUGCACAACUAUCUCACAAGUGUCUAUGAAGAAGGUGAUGCAAGAUCAACCUUAAUCACAAUGAUCCAAGCAUUAAACCAUGCCAAACAUGGUGUUGAUAUUCUAUCAGGCACUCAAGUGAGAUCUUCAAUAAUUUAAGAACUAUUACUGUUUCAAUUCAUUUAUUUCAUCUCCAGUUAAAAACUAACCAAAAAUUUAUUGUUUUUUCACUACUGUCAUUGGUUUUGGACCAUUUUUGUGAGUGUAUAACUUUUUGAAUAGAAUAAAUCCCUCACUAAUUUGGUCCAGUAAUCCCUCUCUAUAUAUGUAGAUCUAAUC